ACGUGUUGUGCCAGAAUUUAUUGACAUAUAAGCCAUCAUUGAAUACUUAAAUAGAUAAUCUGUGAACAAAUAAUAUGAUUGGAUCGGCGUAAGAAGAUAACAUAAAAAAUAUCAAAUCUUUUUUUAACACUUUACAAGUGUCAUAUGUUAUAUACACAUGAAAAAUAGAUAAGUACGCGCGCGCAGUCACGCUGCAUGCAGCAUAUUGUGUGCGUGCGCGUGCGCGCGUGCUGCUAUGUAUAGUUAUAAAAAGUAUGUAGAAAUCGAAGAAUGUAAAAAAUGUAUACUAAAUCUAAUAGGUUAUAUAUGUAUAUAUAUAUAUACAUAUAUAUAUAUAUAUAUAUUUCUUUUUUUUUCCAUGUUUACCGAACAUAUACGUUUAUAUAUCGGAACUAAAUAUGCCUGAAUGCACAUACGGGAGUUGACUCUAAUGCAUGAAUGACGCGAUCAUACGCCAUUUUGUACCACGUGAUUAUAAUUCCCGAUAAUAAUUGAAAAAAAUAGAAUCUCUCCAUUUAAAUGAAAUAACAUGUAUAAUGCGUGUUUAUUGUAUUUUGUGUGCAUAAAAUUUUCUAACGAUUACACUUUUGACGUUAUUUGUUUUGAAAUUUCCUAAUAAUGAGUAUCGAUAAUUCGAAGAAAAAUGUGCAUUUAAAACAUUAUCUCACCAUGAAAUAUUAUUGUUUUUGUUGUUCUUUUCGUUUUCUUGUGGUAAGAACUAUCUAAGGAUUAUAAUUAUUAUUUCUCAACAUUUUUAUUUUUAUCAGUAUCGACGAUAACUUUUGGACUUUGUUAGAUAAGAUACAUAAAAAAUAUAUUUUCUAGUAUUUUUAUUAUUAACUUGGCUGAUAAUAAAAUAAAUGAAUUCUCAAAUGUUUACUUUACUACAGAAAAUUUCAAAGAACGUGCAUACUAGACACUGUUCUAACAUGAAGGGAAAUUAUAAAGAUGCUAUCAAAAAGUUAAAAGAUCUUCAAAGUAAUUCAAAUUAUCUCAAAGGUGUUGUAAACAAUUCAAUAAUGAAUUCUGCCAAAUUGGAAGAUACAGAGAAAUAUUUAAUUAGCAUAAUAAUUCAUUGAACUAAUAAUAUAUGACAACAUUUGGUAGGUCCGGUAUUAAUUUGGAGCAAUUGAAUGAUCUUUCUGUUAUACAUGUAGCUGGUACUAAAGGAAAAGGGUCCGUUUGUGCUUUUGUAGAAGCAAUAUUGCGGAUUCACGGAUUUAGAACAGGUUUCUUUAGUUCGCCUCAUUUAAUUACCGUUAGAGAACGAUUAAGGAUAAAUGGUUCUCCUAUUAGUGAAACAGAUUUUGCUUAUUACUUUUGGAAAGUAUAUAAUAAAUUAGAUAAUACGAAGGAAUUUGAAUCAGACAUACCAAUGUAUUUCAAAUUUCUUACUGUUUUAAUGUUCAACGUAUUUUUAUAUGAAAAUAUAGACGUAGCAAUUAUAGAAGUUGGAAUUGGCGGUGAAUAUGAUUGUACCAAUAUUGUAAAAAAUCCUGUAUGCGUAGGUAUAACAAGUUUAGGAUUAGAUCAUACUUAUUUGUUAGGAAAUACAAUAGAAGAAAUAGCAUAUCAAAAAUCUGGGAUUUUCAAGCCAAAUACAAUUGCAUUUACUGUUCCUCAAAAAGAGGAAGCUAUAGAAAUUUUAAAAGAGAGAGCAAUUGAAAGGCAAUGCACAUUACAUGUUAUACCAUCAUUUCAAUAUUAUGAAUGGGAAAAUUACAUGUUAAAUGAUAAAAUGUUAAGUCAGAUUAAACAGCAAAAUGCAUCUUUAGCUAUACAGUUGGCGGUUCGUUGGAUGCAAUCUCAAAUUAAUUCAAACUAUUCUUCGACAAUUAAUAAUAAUAUAUAUAAUAAGAAACUUUGUAACAACUUACAAGAAAAUAAUGUUGGAGCGAGCAUUAAAAACAUUCAUUUGAAAAAGCAAGAAACGAUAGAUAAACAAAUUAACGCAAGAUAUAUAUCAUUUGAAAAGAUCGCAACUGCAUUAUCUACGUGUGUAUGGCCAGGUCGACAACAGACUUUAAAAGGUACUUCAUUUGAUUUUUAUUUAGACGGUGCUCAUACUUUGGAAAGUAUGGAUUGUUGUAUUUCUUGGUUUAAUAAUCAAAUAGAAGAUAGUUAUGGUAAUCGAUAUUUGAUUUUUAACAUGACUGGAAAACGCGAUGCAGCUUCAUUCAUGGAUCGUUUGAAAACUAUAAAAUUUCAUAAAGUUUAUUUCGUACCUAAUAUUACUGGAAUAUCAGAUAUGGAUGAUCUGACAACUGACGAUAUAAUAGAUGAGCAAAAAAUGCAAUGUAAAAAGUAUUGCAAAAUGUGGGGAGAACAGUCCCCGCAUGUUGUAAAAAUUGUUGCAAACAAUAUCAUGGAAGUUUUCAAUGAUAUUAGGAUGGAACAUGUGCACAAUGACGGAACUACUAUCUGCAAAGAUAAAUCUCAGGUACUUAUAACUGGAUCUUUGCAUUUAGUAGGUGCAGCUCUUGCAAUUUUAGAUCCUAAUUUUACAAUGACUACCAAAUUUUAAAAUUUUGCAUAUAUAUACAAAAUUUGUAUAUAUAAAUAAAAUGUGCUGCUUAAGUGUGUGUAGAAAUAUUAAAAUUAUAUUGUAACUAUACAAUAUCGAUACAUUGCAUUGUGAUACAUUUACAGUGCGUAUAACGGAGCUUCUAAAUGACGACUAUUUGUGGACAGUUUAUUUGUACUUCAAUAUAAAUGGAAUUAUUUUUAAUAAAACUUGAGUGUAUAUAUAA